AUGGGAAAACUGGAUGCCAUAGUCUCUACGGCCCGUGGGUUCAUGAAGUUCCCAACCCUGCGGGGUAUUACAACGGUAUACCGGGAUAAACUGGGAGAAGUAUUGGAUACCAAAAGAUGCCGACAAGGGCCUACCGGAGCUAUUGGCCCAGAAAGGUGGGUACUAAGCACACGCCAUCCAGAGCAAACAGUGACAAUAGGGGAUAGUCUUUCCCCUGAAGUUAAAAACAACCUAAAACAGUUGCUGAGAAGGAAUGCGGACAUCUUCGCCUUUGAGCACUCUGAUAUGACUGGAAUACCCCGGGAUAAGGCAGAGCACAAGUUAGCCACACUCCCGGGCAUUAAACCGGUCGCACAAGGUAAACGGAGCAUGGCUCCUGACCGAAAAACAGCGGUAGUCAAAGAAGUACGAAAGCUGGUGGAAGCUGGAAUACUUAGGGAAACAAAGUAUGACACUUGGGUAUCAAACCCUGUAAUGGUAAAGAAACCAGAUGGUACAUGGCGGAUGUGCAUCGACUUCAAAGACUUGAACAAAGCAUUCCCCAAAGACGCCUAUCCGCAGCCAGAAAUGAACUUCAAGGUUGACUCUCUGGUCCCUUAUAGGUACAAGUGCUUUCUAGACGCCUAUAAGGGUUACCACCAGAUCAAAAUGUCAAGAGAAGACGAGGAAAAACGGCAUUCCACACCGAUGUGGGCAUUUUCCGCUAUACUAAAAUGCCUUUUGGCCUUCGAAACGCCGGGAGAAGAAAAACAAAUGCUUGAAGACAUUGAAGAAACCUUCCAAAAGCUCAAAGAAUACAACAUUAAGCUCAAUCCCAAGAAAUGCUCAUUUGGGGUAGAAGAAGGCAAGUUCUUGGGGGUGGUGGUCACCCGGGACGGCUUUAAAGCUAACCCAGAAAAAGUAGCCGCCAUAACGCGGAUGCCCUCCCCCAGGACUUUGAAAGAGGCACAAGCGUUAAAUGGGCGACUAGUGGCCAUAAACAGAUUCCUGGAAAUCAUACUUGGGACCACUAUUGCGGUGUGUGUCCCAGCGGAAGCAACAUACUUAAUCCAAGAAAUACACGCCGGUAUAUGUGGCAUUCACGCUGGACCCCAGGCGGUUGUAGCCAAAAUCCACAAUGCCGGAUACUACUGGCACGGGAUGCAUGAAGACGCGGUAGACGAACUUAGAAAGUGCCGUAGUUGUCAAAAGUUUGCUCCCCAAACGUUCCGCCCCAAGAACAAUCUGAUUCUGGUCACAGCGGCGUGGCCUUUUCAAAAGUGGGCAGUCGAUAUUGUGGGGCCAUUCCCGCUGGCUCCCGGAAAGCUAAAGUAUUUAAUUGUGGCAAUCAACUACUUCACCAAGUGGGUUGAAGCCAAACCUUUGGAUAAAAUAACUGCUGAAAACGCCAAAAAGUUCCUACGAGAGCGCAUAGUGUGCCGAUUCGGACUGCCUCUAUACUUGGUGAGUGAUAAUGGAACGCAAUUCACCGACAGGGUCUUGCAAGAUUGGUGUGCAGAACUUCAGAUUCAACAAAUCUUUAUAUCGGUAGCACAUCCUCAGGGAAACGGCCAGGUGGAGAAGGAAAAUAGGAGUUUGCUUGAUGGUAUAAAAAGAAGGUUAGGUUAUGAAGGAAGCUCUUGGGUGGAAGAACUGCCAAAUGUCCUCUGGGCACAUAGAACAAUGCCCAAGACAAGUAACAAUGAAACCCCCUUCAGCCUAACCUAUGGCACGGAAGCAAUGAUACCCACGGAAGUUGGAUUACCCUCGCUACGGCGCCUCAUUACUGAUAAUGACAAUGAACGGCUCCUAAGGGAAGGCCUAGAUCUAUUGGAAGAGCGGCGCGAGGCAACCACUAUCAACGAGGCAACGUACAAGAAAACUCUGGAAAAAUACUAUAAUCAGCGUGUGGCUCAGCAUACCUUCAAGGAAGGCGAGUACGUCAUGCACGAUAAUGAAGCUAGUAGAGCGGAACCCUCAGGCAAACUGGGACCCAACUGGGAAGGUCACUACAUCAUCCAAGAAGACCUUGGCAAAGGAGCCUACCGCCUGUCCAGACUAGAUGGCACCACGGUCUCACGCAGCUGGAACGCGGCUCAAUUGAAAAAGUGUUAUAUGUAA